AUGGAGGACGUACUCGCCUCCAGCUUAUCUCGGGAUCCACCCAUUGAUGACGGAAACAACAAAGUGCAUGUUCCACACAAUGUCCUUCUGGUAGGACCACGUCGUGCUGGCAAGUCAAGCUUGUGCAAAGUCGUGUACGAGUCAUACCAGCCUAACGAUACCCUCUUCCUCGCCCCCACUAUGCGUACGCAAAAAUUGGAUGCAAAUACAUUUCAAAAUAUACAACUAUGGGACGUACCUGGUAGUGCGCUUAUGAGUUUCUCAUCGAGUGAUCAACAUCACCCACCACCUAUCUUUGCCACUCCGAAUAUGGACUUUGCGUGGGCCGAAGUCAAUGCGAUUAUAUUUGUGCUAGAUGCGCAGGACGACUAUUUUGAAGCGCUGAGCAAACUGAACCAGGUCAUUGUUCAUGCUUAUACACACAACAAGUCGGUUCAUUUCCACGUUUUUAUUAAUAAGGCGGAUGGCCUCAGUGAAGAUUAUCGAUACGAUACACAGCGUGAUAUUGAACAGCGCGUCACUGAAGGUCUGAUUGAUUCCUCGCAUGAGUUUUCCGGUCCAAAUGAUGAGCCUGUGCAGUUGGACCAACAGGUCACUCUUAAGUUCCAUCUUACGUCCGUUUUUGAUACGAGUGUGUUUAUUGCCUUUUCACGGAUUCAACAUCAGCUUAUGCAGGGCCCCCAGGAGAACCAGGCGCUAGAGUCUAUGGAUUCAGCAUCGGCUGUUACAGCAAUGCCAUCGUCGCCGGGUAAGAUGCUGCCGCCCAAGCCUCCACGUAUGGUCAGCCUUAUGGAGGCACUGGAAACUGCCUGUAAUUUGCUAUGUACCUCUUGCUACUUUGAGAAGGCAUAUAUUUUUGAUGUGCCGAGCUGCACCUUUGUUGGAUGCGAUACGUCCCCAUUUGAUUUGGCGCUCUUUGAUGUGAUGUUCCAGUAUAUUCAGUUUUUACGUCAGUUUUCUGACUUGUACUCUCACUUGCGUGAUAUCGACUCGAUGGUGGAAAAGAAGGACGAAUAUACCCGUGUAUGGUCUUCCAGUAUCGUGCGACUGGGGAAUGAUACCACUGUGGCCUUUUGGCAGCUCGACAGUCAUCUCGCUCUUCUUGCCGUCAUACAAUCCGACAUCCAGUCCACAAAUACGAGUAUUCUGGAUUACAAUGUGGACUUGUUCCGCACGACGAUAGCCGAGUUGCACCGAUUAGCACGUCCGUAG